AUGGGGGAAGAGAAGCAGCUUGUCAACAGAAGGUGUAGCAGGGGUGGAGGAGGCAUCCACUGCUGCAGCCAAUACGUUGUGCAUCUGUUCAUCCACACAGGUGACGGGAGAAUGAUUACUGCUCUAAUUCCAGGCUGUGCGCUGACUACCACACUUUCCUAUCCUUCCCGGUUCCCCUGCCCUCUGCCCCAUAGGGAUUCGGAGGGGAGAUGGAGGGACUCAAGCGUUAACACACCAGAGACUGUGGCUGGCUCAGUUCAUAUAGACAGGGGACUUUGUGCUCCUAGUGGCCGGGGACUUUAAUGCAGGGAAACUUAAAUCUGUUUUACCUAAUUUCUAAAUAAAUGUGCAACCAGAGGGAAAACAACUCUAGACCACCUUUACUCCACACACAGAGACGCGUACAAAGCUCUCCCACGCCCUCCAUUUGGCAAAUCUGACCAUAAUUCUAUCCUCCUGAUUCCUACUUACAAGCAAAAACUAAAGCAGGAAGCACCAGUGACUCGGUCAAUAAAUAAGUGGUCAGAUGACGCAGAUGCUAAGCUACAGGAAUGUUUUGUUCUAGCACAGACUGGAAUAUGUUCCGGGAAUAUGUUUCGAUGACGUCGUCCUCACAGUGACCGUACGUACAUACCCCAACCAGAAGCCAUGGAUUACAGGCAACAUCCGUACUGAGCUACAGGGUAGAGCUGCUGCUUUUAAGGAGCGGGACUCUAACCCGGACGCUUAUAAGAAAUCCUGCUGUUCCCUCCAUACACUUUUGGUGCUGGACCACACUCGUGUCCGUCAAUUCACCACAGGUAAUUGUGGACGACUAAUGUGUAGCAUGGGAAGGGGUUCUAGUCCAAUUUCUCGACAUAAAAUACCACUGUUCCCAACGAUCCUCAUUACUAAAAUUACUCACAGUUGUCCUCCUAUUUCCACCUAAUCUGUCAUGGUUCUCUGCCCCAAUAGGGCAUGGACCAACCUCUCUCUUUAUUGCUGCUGUUACUACAGACAAAUCAUGUUCAAACAUUCAUACACUCACACACACCCUAUGGCCUCAUGGCCACCGCGGCUUGGCUUUCACCCCCCCUUAUUACGGGUCUAGCAGGGAAUCAACCCCACCCGGGAUUUACCCCCUAGGACAUACCCUCCGCAGGGACUACCCUGCUCAGGCUUACCUUCUGGGUCUUACCAUAUACCAUAAAUCUACGACCGGUCGUUAUAUAAUGGGACUACAGAAUAAGCUCAGGCUUUCUAUCCUAUUGUUGUUCAGCCAAUGACUCUCAUCUCCCCAAGAUGUCUGAAUGAGUGGUAACAGGUGUAGGAACUGUGCCUACCUUGUUUUUUUGUUCCGGCUCCUGCUCCACUGAUUCGGACUCUCCAGUUCGACAAAAAAUCGUUGUGAAUCCUGCCAACAACGCCAACUGUUAGUUUUUCACUCUGUUUGUGAGAACCUAACGGACAACUAGUCAAGCUCAAACCAAGUUUAUUCACCCACUGGGUCAAACAGCUGAAAAGACAAAGACAUGUUUACACAAGCACACAUAUUUAUACCCUCCUUCCAGGGUGAGUCUCUCCUCCACAUUUAGACAGCCAAUACAUAUUUGUUGCUAGGCAGGAACUCAGGUGGCGACUAUGCCUUCUCACUUCCUCUGACCUGACCCCGGCCUGAAUUCCUCAAUCCUCCCUAACUCACGGCUGUCCUACCUUAUCUGUGACUGAAACCAGACCGUUGCCCUUCUCCUCUCCAUAGGAUACAUGAGAUUUAACAAUAACAUGUUCAGACAGAAUGUAAACUUUCUGCACUCCCCUUUCUAGAUUUCCAUACACUCAGUUCUAAUAUGGUAACAUGAAUAAGGAUUUUUCAAGUUAGAAGUUAGAAUCCAACACGUCUAACCAGUGAUGUACACAUUAUUCACAGAUUCUGUGUGGUAUUUGAGCUGUGUUUGUUUUAACAGGACGUGCAACCUCAUCUCCCCCUCUGGCUCAAUUGAUUUCAACAUGAUAUCAAUAUGAGUGAUUAACAAAUAAGUGUUGCAUUUCUCUUUCCUUUUUGGCGACCCCCAAAUCAAAAUGCAUCACUCCAAAAUGUAGCUGACUGUCUUCAGCAGGUUGUUCUCUAACCAGUGAUGUAAAAAAUAUCUCCAGUUUCAAUGUGUUUUUUAUUUGUGUUAAUUUCAACAGCACCUAAAAUCUGAUUUCCCCCCUAAUCAAUAUCAGUGAUUUAUUGAAACUUGUCAAAACAACAGGGUUUUUAGUGCGUGUGCAGUUUAUAAGGUGUUUUAAAAAAAUACUAGUAAUAUGAUUACUAUUGUUGCACAUGUACAGUACCAGUAAAAAGUUUGUACACGCCUACUCAUUCAUAUUUUUACUAUUUUCUACAUUGUAGAAUAAUACUGAAGACAUCAAAACUAUGAAAUAACACAUAUGGAAUCAUGUAGUAAACAAAAAAGUGUUAAACAAAUCAAAAUAUAUUUUAUAUUUGAGAUUCUUCAAAUAGCCACCCUUUGCCUUGAUGACAGCUUUGCACACUCUUGGCAUUCUCUCAACCAGCUUCAUGAGGUAGUCACCUGGAAUGCAUUUCAAUUAACAGGUGUGCCUUGUUAAAAGUUAAUUUGUGGAAUUUAUUUCCUUCUUAAUGCAUUUGAGCCAAUCAGUUGUGUUGUGACAAGGUAGGGGGGGGAUUAUUAUUUAUUUUUUUGUAAGGGCUCCUAUUAUCUCCUUCAGCAUCUUUUCCUAUAAUGAUCACUCGAGGAUGUGGAUCAAGGCCCGGUGCAUUUACUUAUACUUCUCCUAGCUGAAGCAAUUUCCUAGAAUGCAUCCUUGACUUGAAAAAGUACAUGAAUAAUCGGCUAAACAGAGCUCUUUGACAAAAACAAAUCGAUAAUGGAAUUUAUCCUCCAAGUGUCCUUUAUGGAUCUACUAGUACAUGGCAGAUGGAUGUCCAUUAGUGGCCAGCAAAGUGGUCAAUGUUGUUGAGAAAUAACAAAAUGAAUGAAAAGGACAGAGGAAAAUGGUCCUCUCACAAUGAAUGGAAUGAAUUGUUCAAUGAUGUUUCUGAAUCAACAAGCCUUGUGGGCUUUGGUGGGCCUUGUGGGCCUUGAGACCAUACUACAUACAUGCUACAUCUAUGUAUACACUACAGAUUCUCAGUCCUUAGAGACGCAGUCCAUACAUCAUCACAAGAGCCCAAAGGGACCCUUCAAUACACAAAGCCUCACAUUCAGUAGUCUACAAGGCAGUCAUUAUAUAUGAGCAGGGCAGUGGGGCAGUAUAUUGAUUGGAAAUACAGUGCCUUCAGAAAGUAUUCACACCCCACCUUCCACAUUCUGUGUUACAAAUUGGGAUUAAUUAAUUAAUUAAAAAUUGAUUUAAAGGUGCAAUAUGCAGAAAUGGCUCCGCCAUUUCCUGGUUGCUAAAAAUCUAAUAGUUUAUGUGACAAAACAAGCUGUCAUUGUGUAGGGAAUCAUUACACCAUUUAAACCGCUGUGAAAUAUAUUUUCCAUAACCACAAAUAUUGUAUUUUCAGCUGUUUGAAGCUGGUGUACAAAACCGAAAGUAAAUGACACAAAAACUAAACUUAAGCACGGAAAGCAUAGAAAUAUCGCACAUAGAGCAGAUCCACCGCUUCUUAGACUUGCUUUCAAUGAGAAUGACAGAUCUAUACCUCAAAUUUCUAUGUGAAUUUGGUCGGGUCGCCCAAAAAGUUACAUAUUGCAGCUUUAAUUGUCCUUUUUUCAAUGAUCUACACAAAAUACUCUGUAAUGUCAAAGUGGAAGAAAAUUAUAUAGAUAUUUUUUUAGAUUAAUGAAAAAUACAACUCUAAUAUAUCUUUGAUUAGAUAAGUAUUUAAGCCACUGAGUCAAUACUUUAGAAUCACCUUUGGCAGCGACUACAGCAUUGAGUCUUUUUGGGUAUGCUUUGCGCACCUGUAUUGUACAAUAUUUGCCCUUAUUCUUUUUUAAACUCUUCAAGCUCUGUCAAGUUGGUUGUUGAUCAUUGCUAGACAACCAUAUUGAAGUCUUGUCAUAGAUUUUGAAGCCGAUUUAAGUCAAAAUGGUAACUAGGCCACUCAGGAACAUUCAAUGUCGUCUUGGUAAGCAACUCCAGGUUAUAUUUGGCCUUGAGUUUAAAGUUAUUGUCCUGCUGAAAAGUGAAUUUGUCUCCCAGUGUCUGUUGGAAAGCAGACUGAAGCAGGUUUUCCUCUAGGAUUUUGCCUCUGCUUAGCUCUAUUCCGUUUAUUUCUAUCCUAAAAAAACUCCCUAGUCCUUGCCGAUGACGAGUAUAUCCAUAACAUGAUGCAGCCAGCACCAUGCUUGAAAAUAUGAAGAGUGGUAAUAAGUGAUAUGUUGUGUUGGAUUUCAGGAUCCAGGCUCUGUCGCAGCCGACCGGGAGACUCAUGGGCGGCGCACAAUUGGCCCAGCGUUGUCCAGGGUAGGGGAGGGAAUGGCCGGCAGGGAUGUAGCUCAGUUGAUAGAGCAUGGCGUUUGCAACGCCAGGGUUGUGGGUUCAAUUCCCACGGGGGGCCAGUAUAAAAAAAAAAAAAAAAAAAAUUCACUAACUGUAAGUCGCUCUGGAUAAGAGCGUCUGCUAAAUGACUAAAAUGUAAAUGUAAAUGAUUUGCCCCAAACAUAAUGCUUUGUAUUCAGGACAAAAAGUUCAUUUCUUUGCCACAUUUGUUGCAGUAUUACUUUAGUGCCUUAUUGCAAACAGGAUGCAUGUUCUGGAAUAUUUUUAUUCUGUACAGACUUCCUUCUUUUCACUCUGUCAUUUAGGUUAGUAUUUUGGAGUAACUACAAUGUUGUUGAUCCAUCCUCAGUUUUCACCUAUCACAGUCAUUAAACUCUGUAACUGUUCUAAAAUCACCAUUGGCAUUAUGGUGAAUUCGCUGAGUGGUUUCCUUCCUCUCCGGCAACUGAGUUCGGAAGGACGCCUGUAUCUUUGUAGUGGCUGGGUCUAUUGAUACACCAUCCAAUGGGUAAUUAAUAAAUUCACCGUGCUCAAAGGAAUAUUCAGUAUCUGCCAAUAGGUGCCCUUCUUUGCGAGGCAUUGGAAAACCUCCCUGCUCUUUGUGGUUGAAUCUCUGCUUGAAAUUCACCACUCGACUGAGGGACCUUACACAUAAUUGCAUGUGUUGGGUACAGAGAUGGGCGAAUCAUUCAAAAAUCAUAUUAACCGCUAUUAUUGCACACAGAGUUAGUUGAAUAAUUGAGCUUUUAAUUUGUUAUUAAUUUGUAAAAAGAAUUAUAAGCAAAAUUCCACUUUGACAUUUUGGGAUAUUGUGUGUAGAUCAGUGGCACAAAUUCUCAAUUUAAUCCAUUUUAAAUUCAGGCUGUAACACAACAAUGUGGAAAAAGUCAAGGGGUGUGAAUACUUUCUGAAGGCACUGUUUGUGCCUCUUGGCAGGCUCAUUGGCUCUUCAUAUUGGAGAGAAUUCCAGUGUAAAGGGCACCAACCCCAAGAGUUUAGUUAUGCAACUGUGGCAACUAUAUCCUUGGGGGGUGGACCUUUCUAACAGCAAUGGUCAUGCCAUGUGAAUUUGACCUCUGAGCGCUGUACAACCUUUUAAAUGGCUGGAUUGUACAUUUACAUUUUGUCUAGGGCCUGUACAGCUAGGGUUUAAUAUAUUCCUGGUAAUUUACAAAUGUUCCGUCCCGAAUAAAUGUAUUUUCUCCUGGUUAACCCGGUAUUUCCCGCCAAAACCGGAAAUAUAAUCAAAAGUAUUAUAAAGCAUAUAAAUAGGCAUAUGUCCGACCGAAUUUGAUUAGAGCUUUGAUCUCAAAUUGAAGCCUGAUGCUGAUGAGCCGUACAUUAAAUACAUUUUAUGAGCCCUACAUUAAAGACAUUUAAUGAGCCCAAGCCAAAAAAGGCCAAACGAUUGUGCCGUUAUCCAACACAUAUAUGAUAUAGGCUACUGCACAUUAGACACGACAGAAAAACAUAAAAGCCCAUAGAUGUAGCUAGCUAUAUGCUGUCUUGGGUAAAUAAAUGAAACUAGCACCAGUAGGCUAAUUUUUUUUAAAUGUUUGUAAAUUUAUAUUUAAAAAAAAACCGGAAAUAUUACAUUAACAUAACUACGCACUCCCUUUGAUAGGCUGGCUGACCAGCAGAGAUGAACAGGUCACGUCUGUUACUCUUGGUGUUUCUGCAUAGAUUUUUAAAGGGAUAGGGUUAGUCUGUCAUUCAAAUGUUGGAACUUUCAUGCAAUACCGACAGUUACACGAUACUGUAUAAGCAAUGCUGUGAAACGUCGGCAGCUUCGGUAAAUCCAACCUAGUCUAGUCUGUAUUUCUGUAUUAGUGGCAAAGUCAUAUCAUUUUUCCUAUUCAGUCCUUUAUCAUACUGUAGCACAGGUUACAGAAGAGGAUCGUCCUCCAAGCUUUUUAAUAGCACAAACACUACAUGAGAUGGCCUAUAGGGUCAUAUGUGCUAACAGGCACAAACUGAUGUAUUGUUGUAAUAGUUUAAAUAUGCAAUACGCACAACUAUUGUAGGGUAUUACUGGUAAGUUAUGUUGGUCAUUUGGUUUAUUUGCAAUAUGCAAAUAACUUUUUACAGGUACUUAAUAGGAACACACCCGAGUGGCGCAGUGGUAUAAGGCACUGCAUCGCAGUGCUAGCUGUGCCACUAGAGAUCCUGGUUCAAGUCCGGGAGACCCAUGGGCGGCGCACAAUUGGUCCAGCGUCGUCCAAGGUAAGGGAGGGUUUGGCCGGCAGGGAUGUGGGUCCGUUUCCCACGGGGGGCCAGUAUGAAAAAAAUUAUCCCUUUUAUGCAUUCACUAACUGUAAGUCGCUCUGGAUAAGAGCGUCUGCUAAAUGACUAAAAUGUAAAUGUAAAUGAUUUGCCCCAAACAUAAUGCUUUGUAUUCAGGACAAAAAGUUCAUUUCUUUGCCACAUUUGUUGCAGUAUUACUUUAGUGCCUUAUUGCAAACAGGAUGCAUGUUCUGGAAUAUUUUUAUUCUGUACAGACUUCCUUCUUUUCACUCUGUCAUUUAGGUUAGUAUUUUGGAGUAACUACAAUGUUGUUGAUCCAUCCUCAGUUUUCACCUAUCACAGUCAUUAAACUCUGUAACUGUUCUAAAAUCACCAUUGGCAUUAUGGUGAAUUCGCUGAGUGGUUUCCUUCCUCUCCGGCAACUGAGUUCGGAAGGACGCCUGUAUCUUUGUAGUGGCUGGGUCUAUUGAUACACCAUCCAAUGGGUAAUUAAUAAAUUCACCGUGCUCAAAGGAAUAUUCAGUAUCUGCCAAUAGGUGCCCUUCUUUGCGAGGCAUUGGAAAACCUCCCUGCUCUUUGUGGUUGAAUCUCUGCUUGAAAUUCACCACUCGACUGAGGGACCUUACACAUAAUUGCAUGUGUUGGGUACAGAGAUGGGCGAAUCAUUCAAAAAUCAUAUUAACCGCUAUUAUUGCACACAGAGUUAGUUGAAUAAUUGAGCUUUUAAUUUGUUAUUAAUUUGUAAAAAGAAUUAUAAGCAAAAUUCCACUUUGACAUUUUGGGAUAUUGUGUGUAGAUCAGUGGCACAAAUUCUCAAUUUAAUCCAUUUUAAAUUCAGGCUGUAACACAACAAUGUGGAAAAAGUCAAGGGGUGUGAAUACUUUCUGAAGGCACUGUUUGUGCCUCUUGGCAGGCUCAUUGGCUCUUCAUAUUGGAGAGAAUUCCAGUGUAAAGGGCACCAACCCCAAGAGUUUAGUUAUGCAACUGUGGCAACUAUAUCCUUGGGGGGUGGACCUUUCUAACAGCAAUGGUCAUGCCAUGUGAAUUUGACCUCUGAGCGCUGUACAACCUUUUAAAUGGCUGGAUUGUACAUUUACAUUUUGUCUAGGGCCUGUACAGCUAGGGUUUAAUAUAUUGCUGGUAAUUUACAAAUGUUCCGUCCCGAAUAAAUGUAUUUUCUCCUGGUUAACCCGGUAUUUCCCGCCAAAACCGGAAAUAUAAUCAAAAGUAUUAUAAAGCAUAUAAAUAGGCAUAUGUCCGACCGAAUUUGAUUAGAGCUUUGAUCUCAAAUUGAAGCCUGAUGCUGAUGAGCCGUACAUUAAAUACAUUUUAUGAGCCCUACAUUAAAGACAUUUAAUGAGCCCAAGCCAAAAAAGGCCAAACGAUUGUGCCGUUAUCCAACACAUAUAUGAUAUAGGCUACUGCACAUUAGACACGACAGAAAAACAUAAAAGCCCAUAGAUGUAGCUAGCUAUAUGCUGUCUUGGGUAAAUAAAUUAAACUAGCACCAGUAGGCUAAUCUUUUUUGAGUGUGAACUGUAUUACUGUACUGUAUUGUAUUAUAUGGACUAGAAUUACGCACAUCAUUCAAACCACAAUAAAGCAGGGAGAGAACGUGUGAUUCUGGUGCAGCACAUGCGGCCUACAAAGUUACAAGCAUAGGCUAGCGAAUUAGAUUUUUCACAUACAGUGCAAUUGGAAACUUGACUUUUUCCACAUUUUGUUACGUUACAGCCUUAUUCUAAAAUUGUUUAAAAAAUGUUUUAUCAUCUAUCUAUACAUAAUGACAAAGCAAAAACAGGUUUUUUAAAUGUUUGUAAAUUUAUAUUUAAAAAAAAAACGGAAAUAUUACAUUAACAUAACUACGCACUCCCUUUGAUAGGCUGGCUGACCAGCAGAGAUGAACAGGUCACGUCUGUUACUCUUGGUGUUUCUGCAUAGAUUUUUAAAGGGAUAGGGUUAGUCUGUCAUUCAAAUGUUGGAACUUUCAUGCAAUACCGACAGUUACACGAUACUGUAUAAGCAAUGCUGUGAAACGUCGGCAGCUUCGGUAAAUCCAACCUAGUCUAGUCUGUAUUUCUGUAUUAGUGGCAAAGUCAUAUCAUUUUUCCUAUUCAGUCCUUUAUCAUACUGUAGCACAGGUUACAGAAGAGGAUCGUCCUCCAAGCUUUUUAAUAGCACAAACACUACAUGAGAUGGCCUAUAGGGUCAUAUGUGCUAACAGGCACAAACUGAUGUAUUGUUGUAAUAGUUUAAAUAUGCAAUACGCACAACUAUUGUAGGGUAUUACUGGUAAGUUAUGUUGGUCAUUUGGUUUAUUUGCAAUAUGCAAAUAACUUUUUACAGGUACUUAAUAGGAACACACCCGAGUGGCGCAGUGGUAUAAGGCACUGCAUCGCAGUGCUAGCUGUGCCACUAGAGAUCCUGGUUCAAGUCCGGGAGACCCAUGGGCGGCGCACAAUUGGUCCAGCGUCGUCCAAGGUAAGGGAGGGUUUGGCCGGCAGGGAUGUGGGUCCGUUUCCCACGGGGGGCCAGUAUGAAAAAAAUUAUCCCUUUUAUGCAUUCACUAACUGUAAGUCGCUCUGGAUAAGAGCGUCUGCUAAAUGUCUAAAAUGUAAAUGUAUUCAGACCCUUUACUCAGUACUUUGUUGAAGCACCAUUGGCAGCAAUUACAGCCUCGAGGCUUCUUGGGUAUGAAGCUUGACACAUCUGAAUUUGGGGAGUUUCUCCUAUUCUUCUCUGCAGAUCCUCUCAAGCUCUGUCAGGUUGGAUGGAGAGCGUCGCUGCACAGCUAUUUUCAGGUCUCUCCAGAGAUGUUCGAUGGAGUUCUGGCUGGGCCACUUAAGGACAUUCAGGGACUUGUCCCGCAACCACUACUGUGUUGUCUCGCCUGUGUGCUUAGGGUCGUUGUCCUGUUGGAAGUUGAACCUUUGCCCCAGUCUGAGGUCCUGAGCGUUGUCUUGGCUGUGUGCUUAGGGUCGUUGUCCUGUUGGAAGGUGAACCAUCUUCCCAGUCUGAGCACUCUGGAGCAGGUUUUCAUCAAGGAUCUCUCUGCACUUUGCUACGUUAAUCUUUCCCUCGAUCCUGACUAGUCUUCCAGUCCCUGCUGCUAAAAACAUCCCCACAGCAUGAUGCUGCCACCACCAUGCUUCAUCAUAGGGAUGGUGCCAGGUUUCCUCCAGAUGUGACGCUUGGCAUUCAGGCCAAAUAAUGUAAUCUUGGUUUCAUCAGACCAGAGAAUCUUGUUUCUCAUGGUCUGAGUAUCCUUUAGGUGCCUCUUGGCAAACUCCAAGCGGGCUGUCAUGUGCCUUUUACUGAGGAGUGGCUUCCAUCUGGCCACUCUACCAUAAAGGCCUGAUUGGUGGAGUGCUGCAGAGAUGGUUGUCCUUCUGGAAGUUUCUCCCAUCUCCAAGAGGAACUAUGGAGUUCUGUCAGAGUGACCAUCGGGUUCUUGGUCACCUCCCUGACCAAGGCCCUUCUCACCCAAUUUCUCAGUUUGGCCGGGUGGCCAGUUCUAGGAAGAUUCUUGGUGGUUCCAAACUUCUUUCACUUAAGAAUGAUGGAGACCACUGUGUUCUUGGGGACCUUCAAUGCUACAGAAAGUUUUCGGUACCCUUCCCCAGAUCUGUACAUCGACACAAUGCUGUUUCGGAGCUCGAUGGACAAUUCCUUCACCCUCAUGGCUUUUGCUCUGACAUGCACUGUCAACUGUGGGACCUUAUAUAGACAGGUGCCUUUCCAAAUAAUGUCCAAUCAAUUCAAUGUUCCACAGGUGGACUCCAAUCACGUUGUAGAAACAUCUCAAGGAUGAUAAUUGGAAACAGGAUGCACCUGAGCUCAUAGCAAAGAGUCUGAAUACUUAUCUAAAUAAGGAUUUUUUUUCUCUAAAAACCUGUUUUCGCUUUGUCAUUAUCAAUUCAAAUCAAAUCUUAUUUGUCACAUACUCGUGUUUAGCAGAUGUUAUUGCGGUUGUAGCGAAAUGCCUGUGCUUCUAGCUCUGACAGUGCAGUAAUAUCUAACAUGUAAUAUCUAACAAUUUCACAAUGUAUACCCAAAACACACAAAUAUAGUAAGGAAUGGAAUUUACUCGGAAGUUUACAUACACUUAGGUCGGAGUAAUUAAAACUCGUUUUUUCAACCACUCCACAAAUGUCUUGUUAACAAACUAUAGUUUUGGCAAGUCAGUUAGGACAUCUACUUUGUGCAUGACACAAGUCAUUUUUCCAACAAUUGUUUACAGACAGAUUAUUUCACUUAUAGUUCACUGUAUCACAAUUCCAGUGGGUCAGAAGUUUGAAUACACUAUGUUGUCUGUGACUUUAAACAGCUUGGAAAAUUCCAGAAAAUGAUGUCAUGGCUUUAGAAGCUUCUGAUAGGCUAAUUGACAUCAUUUGAGUCAAUUGGAGGUGUACCUGUGGAUGUAUUUCAAGGCCUACCUUCAAACUCAGUGCCUCUUUGCUUGACAUCAUGGGAAAUUCAAAAGAAAUCAGCCAAGACCUCAGAUUUUUUUUUUUAGACCUCCACAAGUCUGGUUCAUCCUUGGGAGCAAUUUCAAAACGCCUGAAGGUACCACGUUCAGCAAACAAGAGCUUGCGUCCCUCUUCAAAUAGUCUAUUAGUAAGAAAUGCAAAAAAAAAAAAAGAGUCCAGCAAGCUAUUCUAGUGUAGCUUUUCCUGCAUGGGACUCCAAGAGCUAAGGAGCGUUUUUUAAGGAGAGAGGCCACCGGAGCACAGGUGCGUGCGUAUUGCUCUUGAGACAGAGGCUAUAGGUUAGAAGCUUAUUAUGCAUAACCCAUCAUUAAUUAGCUAAAUAUAAGGCUAAUACUGCAUUGAAAUGUAUUACCUGAAAGAGGUAGGCUAGGACUUCUAUAUAUAGGGCUACAUAUCAAUCUAGAACAGGAUCAUCUAUUUUGGAUGCAAUUUGAAUGGAGUUGAUGGAGAGAGAGAAAGACUGCGAGAGAGUGCUCACGCGUGCACUGAUUUAAAGCAACGAUAUUCGAGUGAUAGGCUGUUUUAAAACUCUGCAGCUGCAAUAAAAAAUACUAAAGUCUUUAACAUUUUAAAAUAAGGUUAUCCCGAGAGCCAGAUGGAGAUGGGUAAAUUAGACGUGCAUUCAGGCUUUAUAUUCCUGUAGCAUAGACUAUGCUGCAGCAAAUGCAGGCCUACCUGUCACAAUAAAAAAAGUUGCCAUGAUGAGAUGAUAGGUCUACGUGCAUUGUGAACUGUGCUCCAUACUGAGAUGGGCUGUCUGUCCCCACCCUGAGCGUUGAUGAUUCAUCAUGCAGAGGCCGUAGAGAAGCCAGAUUUAGACAUCGCAUAUAAUUAACAGUUCCAUUUCACGCCAUGCUGUUCAAAUCAAUAAUUUAUUAUAAUUUACCGGUUUCUCACAGUUAUUUUUCCUGGGAAAAGGGAGUGACUUUGGGCUGUAAAUCCCGGUAAAUGUUGGUAACCGGGUUCCCGCAAUUCCACCCAAUGUACAGCAUACUAGUACAAUAGCCUACCAAAUAAUAAAAACAGUAUUUAUUGUCUGUUAUAUUUAUACAAAAAAAGAAAAUAGAAUCCUAUAACUUACCACACUGUACUAUUCAUUCUGUGAAAUACUGUUAUUUGCCAGUGUCCAAACACACUACAGUGGAACAGAGAAAAUGCAUCUGGUGAGCUUUAUAGAAAUUGAGCACUGCUGCAUACCGAAGGUCACUUUCCUUGGCUUUCGCAUCAUGCUUUAAUGAAUAAGUCAAGAAGUUGCUGUUUCCUCAGAUGUAUGUGGGAGAUACUGGAAACUGUCACACCAGGAGUCCUUGACUUUCGCUCGAAGGUUCUAGACAACGCCAUAGUUCUCAGUUCCUCGACAUGCACCAUGUUAUGGCAUCAAUGCCUAAGGUGCAACCCAGUUGAUGCGGUGGUGGGGAAAUCUGUGAAGAUAGCUGUCAGGUCGACUAUUACCCUCGCUCUAGUGGACGAUCCUCCAUCUUUGUAUGUAUGUUGAGGGAAAUUGGAGCUUUCAGACAUCUAAUGUUCGCUGUUUCUGUGCCAUUAAGUGGGUUUUGAGCUCAGAGUUAAAGUUAUCUGGGGGCUGUAUGUGCCCCCCUUGACAGCUAGAGAAGCCACCACAGGCAAAUCCCUGGUCGAAGGGGAAAUUAACCGUAAAGCUCCCCAUGCCUUUGAGUGGAAGGAGGAAAAGACACACUGAAGGUCAAUAAAGCCUAUAGUCAAUGAAACUUCCACUUAUUUCUGUACUUUCUACAGAGUUCAAAGACCUUGGGCUUGGGGCUUGAAGGUCACCAUAACAAAAUAGCAGGAACUGCAGUUAUUUGUAAUGUGCAUUAACCAGCAAACAAGUCAAAAGGUCAUAGAGUCAAAGAGAAUUGAAGUGCUUGAAAACGGCAGGUGAAUGAGUGAAAGAACCUAGAAAAACUAGAUACAAUCAAGGUGCAUUCAAGGGUCAAUAUAACAUUAUUAUUAACAUUCAUCAAGUCAUACUAAUGUCAUAUUAAUUGUCAUGUAUUAAUUGUAUGUUGUAUUAAUUGCUUUCGCUAAACCAUUUUUAUAAUUCAUAUAUGAACGUAGGAAAAGGGGAAAAGGGACUAUGUUGGCCAUGCUCUGUUUAAUGUGCUUCCAUACAAUUUACAUUGCAUUACAUGAAUACCAAUUUUGGUAUUUUAAUGCAGCAAGUAUUUGUGCAAGAGGCAAUCUUAGAAGUUAUUCCAAAUUCACACCAGGGGAUCAAGAGCUCAAGCCUCGCUCUAACAAAACGAAUAGUAGUAGUCGCUAAUAUUCCCUCUGCUUAUACACAGCAUUCACGUCACACAGGCAUUUUUUUAUCCCAAUUUGAAGAGCUAAAGCUCGAAAUUAGUCCUAAAUCAACAAGAAUCCAAUCGACCACAUUCUCCUUGAAGAGAAAAACAUUAAAAAGAUACCCACAUUAACAUUGCAAAUGUUUACCGCACGGCUCCGCGUUCAAUCUGUAUGCCUGUCGCAUACUCCCGAGUAUCGGGUCCAGGGUAUAAUUUAAUUAAAUAAACAAACGAACGAGCAAGUCGUCCGUGGGUCAUGAAUAUGUCAUUUCAUCUGUUUUAAAAGGCAGAUGGCCCUGACCUCCGACCUUGGCUCUCUGUAAGGGGAUUUCGGCGCCAGUGAUGGGGUGAUUUCCCACUGGGCACAGACGUCAGUUCAACGUCUAGUUGUGAUUUACAUUAGGUUGAGUUUUCAACUAACGCAAAUUCAACAUUAACAUUUACAUUAAAUGUUCGUCAUUUAGCAGAUGCUCUUAAAUACACAAACAAAUGUCACCAUGUCAUUGGAUUUAGGUUAAAAGUGAAAUAAAUACGAAAUGCCCUUACGUUGAUGACUUUUUGCAAAUCCAAUCAGUUUUCCGCGUUGAUUCAACAUCAUCACAUUUUGAAAUGAAAUGAAAACAAUGUUGAUUCAAAACUUUUUUGCCUAGUGGGUUACCUCAGCUUGUUGCGCCACAUCUCCUAUGAUGUGACGGUGGUUAACUAUACAGGCCACAAUUCGACGGGUCCAAAAGGUGGCACGUGCUUACACAGCAAGGUUGGCGAGUCGGCCAGAGUCUCCACUCUCUCCAUCCUCCGCAGAGCAGCAUUGGAUUAGUAGUGAAGCCCAUCUUGAUAGUGUGUGAGUUGUGACAACAAAUACAAGAUGUACAAGAGAGAUUUUUAUAUGGGCUUGCAUCCCAAACGGAAACCUAUUCCUUAUAUGGGGCACUACGUUUGAGCAGGGCUAUAGGCCUUGCUCAAAAGUAGGGCACCGUAGGGAAUAGGAUGCCAUUUGGCAUGGGUGGAAAUUUAGUAAAGAGUAAUUCCCAGAAAGUUGACAAGCCCUAUUCGGACGGGAUGAGUUUUACUUGGGGAGCUCAGUUAAUGUAAUUAUGUGCACGAGCACAAAUCACAACAUCUGUAAUUUUAGUCCCGUCCGAAUCUGCCAUGUCAGUAAUUUUUACUGGUUAUUAUCCCAACCCUAAAAACCUACAGUGUAAAUAUACAAGCAGACACAUUUUUUCCCCGUCUCUGAAAGACUACAACUUGUGUUGGGCAGUGCUUCAUGCUCUGGCCCCCGUCUCUCUCACCCAAGGUGGGCUUUUUUGAAAAGGAGGCAGACACUAACAACAAUCCUUUGGGCAAAACUGAAAGAAUUGACCAGAGACAAAGGCUUCAAGUGAUUCCUCUCAUGAACACAAAUUUGACGAUGGAGCAUCUGUUAGCUGCAUGGUGACAUUCAACCAUAGAUGUUUCAACCGGAAUAUAGCUAUGGAUUCAAAACAAAGAGUUGGAUUUAGCUAACAUUAGAAGCUCAGCUACAGCCAAUGCCAGCACCAAGAGGGCAGAUUACAAAUAUGGCGCCUAGCUAAGUUAGCUUGCUAGCUAAACAACUACCGGUAGCCAUAUCUAUGACUAAAAAUAGAAAAUGCUUUACAAUCGGAGAUCAAUUGUAUCUCAGUUGUAAAAACCUCUUCUCUUUUUAGUCGUAUAUAUGGCUAGCUACUAAACAGCGAGCUACAACGUUGCAACCAGCAACCUAAAGCUAGGUUUACCAGCAAAUGUUAGCACAUGACUUGAGUUGGCUAGCUAGUUAGCCUGGCGCCUGCCAACUUUUAUGCGCCACGCCUCACAUUUGCAAUUUAUUCGCAAACAUGUGUAACAUCAGCAACUGUAAUUCAUUUUACUAGCUAGCUAUGUAACAUAAUUGAUGAGGGUUGACAUUGGUUAUGAUUAUGACCAUGGAUGCAUUUCAGUCUCACAAAAUUAUAGACAUGAUGCAAGACAGGAUUCCAAACAGAUGUAAAUAACAAGUAUUGCAUAUCCAGCAAGCUGACUAGCUAAGUUUACUAGCAAACAGUGAAGAGAAACAAUAAUACAACAAUUUACUGUUGUACAUCUCUAAAAUUGAAACUGGUUUUACUAUUUUAAAAAUAUUUGCCUAAGCAUGCCUAAUAGACAUGCCUAUAGAUAGAUACUGUCUGCCUGCCUACCUACCUACAUUUGUACGGUCUGGUCACUGUGCAAAGGUUGAGGGUUAUGCCAUAUUUCUUUCUAUUGUGCUAGAUAUUGUUGUAAAUGUAAUCUCUGAGCCUAUUAGACAUUAUGCUGAAUUUCAAGCAGAUUACUAAUGAGGAGCUGAAUGGCAGCCUGACGCAACAGAUGAAAAUGUUUAGCUUAAAAUGUUGAUAAACUAUUAGGCUUUUUCUUCACAUUAUAAGUGCAGCAAUGCACACACGGCAGUAGGCUAUAAGCGUAAAUGUUCCAUUAGCAGGAAAGCACCACUCUCAAAGUGACCACAAAUGCGAUUUAUACAUGUAAUGCUUUAUUAUAAAGGUGCAUUUGUACGAUGAAAAUGAUCUUCCCCAAACUUGAAACUCACGCGCUGUGUACGUAUGCCGGUUAAGCUCUACACCCGUUGUAAAGCGGAUUAAUGUGCUUCAUUUUAAGAAGUUAUUUGGCCACUUUAGUUGUGAUACAAACCUUAUUAAAACAUAUAGGCCUAUGGGCUAGGCUACAUGAGGUGUGCGACUAUGAUUUGAAAAAGUCGUAAAAAAGCAUGCACUGUUUCUUGCCUUAAACUGGGCAUCAUUCACAAGUGAUAAUAUAUCGUUCACAAGUGAUAGGCUAAUAUUGUCACCCAUCACACUAUUCUUGACUUAAUCUUGUCUUUACAUAUACUCAAUAAUAUAUGUGUGAAAUUUGUUUUGAUUUAGAAUGGACCAUUAUCAUGCACCUGUCUCGAAACAGGGGCAGCGAAAAAGAAUACAUGUUAUCUAUGCACUUAAAUAGCGAAUGGAGGACACUUUUCCCACCAGCCAGGUAGGCUAUACUCCUGUUGUAAAGAGAAGCCAUGUGCUUAAUAUUAGGAAAGUUGAGAAAUAAUGUAUCAUGAUUUUAGCCUUGAAGGAUGAUGGUACGUACUGCCAUUGUACCUAAAUAUUACCAUGGUAUUGGAUAAUUUAUACCAUCAUUUAUACCAUGUUAUAGAUCUAAAUAAUGUCAACGUACCAUGGUUUUAGGGUUCUGACUAGAAGGAGUACAGCUGAAGUGACUUUUUCGUAGCAGGUUUGGAGAAUUUACGCAGCAGGUUAGGAUAAUUAACGUGGCAGGUUAGGAGGUUAGGAGACUUAGGUUAAGGUUAGGAAAAGGGUUAUGGUUAGCUAAAAUGCUCUCCUAACCUGCUACCCCUAUAGUCACAACCUGGUUUUAGCUUUGAAGUAUGAUGGUACUGCCAUGCACCUAAAUAAUACCAUGGUAUUGCAUCAUUUUACCAUGGUAUAGAUGUGGAUCAUGGAAACACCAUGCUUUUAACCUGCAUUAUACAUUCUACGAUGGUAACGCACAAUUCUGAUAAAUGGACAAAAACAUUAUCAUAUGGUACCAUCUUUAGUGAUUGUGCAUUACAAUGGCAUAAGGGCAGUAUAAUGCAUUAAAUAAACCCACCAACGUCAAGAGGUUGGAUGGUAUUAUAUUGAUGCAUUUAUAUACCGUUAUGGGCAAGUUUCUGAUCAAGUCAGAGCCAUUAGGCUACUAUUGUUGGUGCUAGUCUGUCUCUAACGUCAAAGAAAAUGUCACGGAUCCCGCCGGUACUGCUGCUCAUUCCGUUCACCAGCUCCGGAGGUCUACUUCACAAGCCUUCUAGGCGUCACUGACCUGGUUCAUUAUCACCAACCCUGGACUGUCUUGUCUCAUUAUGCACUCCUGGUUCACAUUUCCCCUGAUUAGUAUGUGUAUAUAUGUGCCCUCUGUUACCCAUUUUCCUUGUCAAUUAUUGUCCUAUGUCCGUUGGUCUUGUGAGUACAUUGUAUCACAGUUUACAUACCGAGUAUUGUGCACUUGUUAUUAUGGGUCUCGUCCCGUGUAUUAUUUAGAAGUUUACCCCUUGCUCUUUUGUUUGGGUUACAUCCUUGUGUUAUACAGUGAGGGAAAAAAGUAUUUGAUACCCUGCUGAUUUUGUACGUUUGCCCACUGACAAAGACAUGAUCAGUCUAUAAUUUUAAUGGUAGGUUUAUUUGAACAGUGAGAGACAGAAUAACAUAAAAAUCCAGAAAAACUAAUUUGAUAAAAAUCUGUUAGCAUAGAAGCUAACAUCGGCUAACGUUAGCUCCAGUCAAGCUAGCCUUACGUAGUCAUUGUGACAGAGGACUCCAACUAUCGUUCACACAAGAACAAAGAUAGCUAAUAAUAUAAGCAUACUGUGUCCAUAAUAAGUAUAUAGGUUGUAUGUUGGGAGCUUUUGGGAAAGUGCACAGUUAGAAAGAUAUGGCAUAUAGAAGCAAACCGGAUGGACAUCAUGAAAAUGAUCGGAGAGGUUGAGAGUAGAAGAAGUUCAGGAGCAAAUUUAAAAAAAUAAAAAAAACAUUUUUUUUUUUUAUAUAUAAUAGAAUUAUUGUAAAAUUAACUCUGUCCAUAAGGUGUAGAUAGUAAGUAUAGACCGGAAGUAGAGGCCUGGGCAUUGUUGUUCACUAAUUUACUCCAAGUAGGGAAAGGAUGGUGGGGUUGAAAAGUAAUAAAGGGGAGUAUAUAUAUACAGUGGGGAGAACAAGUAUUUGAUACACUGCCGAUUUUGCAGGUUUUCCUACUUACAAAGCAUGUAGAGGUCUGUAAUUUUUGCCAUAGGUACACUUCAACUGUGAGAGACGGAAUCUAAAACAAAAAUCCAGAAAUUCACAUUGUAUGAUUUUUAAGUAAUUAAUUUGCAUUUUAUUGCAUGACAUAAGUAUUUGAUACAUCAGAAAAGCAGAACUUAAUAUUUGGUACAUAAACCUUUGUUUGCAAUUACAGAGAUCAUAAGUUUCCUGUAGGUCUUGACCAGCUUUGCACACACUGCAGCAGGGGUUUUGGCCCACUCCUCCAUACAGACCUUCUCCAGAUCCUUCAGGUUUCGUGGCUGUCGCUGGGCAAUACGGACUUUCAGCUCCCUCCAAAGAUGUUCUAUUAGGUUCAGGUCUGGAGACUGGCUAGGCCACUCCAGGACCUUGAGAUGCUUCUUACGGAGCCACUCCUUAGUUGCCCUGGCUGUGUGUUUCGGGUCGCUGUCAUGCUGGAAGACCCAGCCACAACCCAUCUUCAAUGCUCUUACUGAGGGAAGGAGGUUGUUGGCCAAGAUCUCGCGAUACAUGGCCCCAUCCAUCCUCCCCUCAAUACGGAGCAGUCGUCCUGUCCCCUUUGCAGAAAAGCAUCCCCAAAGAAUGCUUCACGGUUGGGAUGGUGUUCUUGGGGUUGUACUCAUCCUUCUUCUUCCUCCAAACACGGCGAGUGGAGUUUAGACCAAAAAGCUCUAUUUUUGUCUCAUCAGACCACAUGACCUUCUCCCAUUCCUCCUCUGGAUCAUCCAGAUGGUCAUUGGCAAACUUCAGACGGGCCUGGACAUGCGCUGGCUUGAGCAGGGGGACCUUGCGUGCGCUGCAGGAUUUUAAUCCAUGACGGCGUAGUGUGUUACUAAUGGUUUUCUUUGAGACUGUGGUCCCAGCACUCUUCAGGUCAUUGACCAGGUCCUGCCGUGUAGUUCUGGGCUGAUCCCUCACCUUCCUCAUGAUCAUUGAUGCCCCACGAGGUGAGAUCUUGCAUGGAGCCCCAGACCGAGGGUGAUUGACCGUCAUCUUGAACUUCUUCCAUUUUCUAAUAAUUGCGCCAACAGUUGUUGCCUUCUCACCAAGCUGCUUGCCUUUUGUCCUGUAGCCCAUCCCAGCCUUGUGCAGGUCUACAAUUUUAUCCCUGAUGUCCUUACACAGCUCUCUGGUCUUGGCCAUUGUGGAGAGGUUGGAGUCUGUUUGAUUGAGUGUGUGGACAGGUGUCUUUUAUACAGGUAACGAGUUCAAACAGGAGCAGUUAAUGCAGGUAAUGAGUGGAGAACAAGAGGGCUUCUUAAAGAAAAACUAACAGGUCUGUGAGAUCCGUAAUUCUUACUGGUUGGUAGGUGAUCAAAUACUUAUGUCAUUAUUUUUGUUUUAGAUUCCGUCUCUCACAGUUGAAGUGUACAUAUGAUAAAAAUUACAGACCUCUAAAUGCUUUAUAAGUAGGAAAACCUGCAAAAUCGGCAGUGUAUCAAAUACUUGUUCUCCCCACUGUAUAUAAAAAAAUUAAAAAUAAAAAAAACAUGGGGGAUUGGAAGUGAUGCAGACAAUUACAUUGAUAGAAGAUACAAUCUAUCUGCAAUAUUAAGCUGAUCCAUUCCCCCCCCCCCAAAAAAAAUAAAAAAAAUAAGAUAAAUAAAAUAAAUAAAUAAAUAAUAAAAAAUGUUCACACAUAGGGGCUUUCACACCUUAGCCCUGGGCUAAGAGCCUCCUUAGCCCAGGGCUAAGGGAGAUUUUAGCCCAGGGCUAAGCGAGUGUUCACACUUGCACAUUCUGAAGUGGGUUAGCACCAACCUUAGCCCAGGGCUAGCUGGUUUGCUCCAGAAAGUCGGUGAAAUUCUCUGCCACUAAAUCAUGCCUCCAUUAUAAUUUUCCAUUGUACCUUGCCUUUUCUAGUGAAUUGUAGAGUUACCACCCCUGACUGUAUUUGUUAGUGACAGAGACAUGGUUUUUGAAUUCAUUAAUUUUCAGUCCUGUGGCUGUCACCAAGUGAGUUCCAAGGAGAAUGUUAUCAUUAAAAUUAAAAUCUUUAUGACAAUGCCUUUGCAAAUCUCAUAAGGCAGGGAUCAUCAACAAGAUUCAGCCGCGGGCCAAUUUUUUUCUUGAACGGAUGGUCAGGGGGCCAGAACAUAGUAACAAAUAAUUUGUAGAUCGCAAUUGACCGCAAGAAGCUCUAACAUAUAUAAUAUUUGAUUGAAACAUAAUCAUUGCAAACCUUGUUUACAUUUGUAUACGAUCACAUAUACAGUAUGUCUCCAUUAUGAGUGGGAAUACUUUGGAACUAGAGGAGGCUGGUGGGAGGAGUUAUAGGAGGAUGGGCUCAUUGGAAUGGCUGGAAUGGAAUUUAUGGAAUGGUAUCAAACACAUAGAAACCCCAUGUUUGACUCUGUUCCAUUAAUGGCAUUCCAGUCAUUACAAUGAGCCUGCAAGUAGGGUUGCAAAAUUCCUGUAACUUUACGGAUUUCCUGCUUAUUCCCUCCCGUUUCCAGGAAUCUGCCAACCGGGAUUUCUGUAAAACCGGGGAAUUUUACGAAAGUUACUAGAAUUUUGCAACCCUACCUGCAAGUCACAUUAUGCUGGCUUGCAAAGUGAUAUGUAAUUCCUAUUGGAAAAGUAAGGAUAUCCAACGUUUGGAAUUUUUAUUCACCCGCAACCUGCAUUCAAAAUGACUGCCAGGGUUAGGAACACAGUGAGGAGACUACCAAAGCCAUUUAAACUGGAACAACCAUUUCAGAAACAGAUGCAACAAAUCCAACUAACUGAUUGGAUUAGUUUAGAGAAAUGUAUGUUAUUUAUCAGUCAAUCAAUGUACAUGCAAAAACAUAGUCGAUGUCUGCCCCCCCCAAAAAAAUCUAAUUAGCAUAAUACACACAUCUCCAUCAAAAUCCAUCUGUUAAGAUUCAGUGGCUUGCGAAAGUAUUCACCCCCCUUGGCAUUUUUCCUAUUUUAUUGCCUUACAACCUGGACUUCAAAUUGAUUUUUUGGGGGUUUGUAUCAUUUGAUUUACACAACAUGCCUACCACUUUGAAGAUGCAAAAUAUUUUUUCUUGUGAAACAAACAAAAAAGAACACAAAAAAAACAGAACUUGAGCGUGCAUAACUAUUCACCCCCCCAAAGUCAAUACCUUGUAGAGCCACCUUUUGCAGCAAUUACAGCUGCAAAUAUCUUGGGGUAUGUCUCUAUAAGCUUGGCACAUCUAGCCACUGGGAUUUUUGCCCAUUCUUCAAGUUAAAACUGCUCCAGCUCCUUCAAGUUGGAUGGGUUCCGCUGGUGUACAGCAAUCUUUAAUUCAUACCACAGAUUCACAAUUGGAUUGACUAGGCCAUUCCAAGACAUUUAAAUGUUUCCCCAUAAACCACUUGAGUGUUUAUUUUCAGAGGGGUCCAGCUCUAUCCCUCGCAGUUGAUGGGGGCAGACAGUGGGUCAGGGGCAGCCCCAGGCCCAGCGGUGCCCUGGAGGAAAGUUCUAUGGGAACGUCAGCCCUUUCCUGAUAACUAUGUGGACCGCCGCUUCCUGGAGGAGCUCAGGAGGAACGAGGGCCUCCGCCAAUAUCGCUACUGGGCCGUGGUGUGGGAGGCAGGACUGGUGUCUCAGCAGAUCACCUGUGUGGCUCUGUUCCUCACUCUCUGGUUGUACAUGGAGCAGGGCCUGCUCUCCCCUGCCACGCUGCUGUGGAGCGGCCUGCUCUGUGCCCUGCUGGGCUAUGGACUCUACCAAGGACUGGCUCCGCGGGGAGAUUCAGACAACCACCAUCGUACACGUUGGUCUGACCUUUGGGUUCUCUCCUGUCCUCAGGACGUUAACAGAGUCAGUCAGUACAGACACGGUGUACGCCAUGACAGCCCUGAUGCUGCUGGCCCACCUGGUGGCCUUCCCCUACGCCCAACCUUCUCCCCCUGGGAGCCUCUCUCUCAACGCUGCCCUGUUCGCCUCUGUCUGCCUGGCCUCGCGCCUCCCCGGGGACCUGCACACCUCCGGUGGCCUGGACUCUUCCUCCUCUCCCUCCUCCCUUCAUACCUUCACCAUGCUCUGCUGGGCCCUGUUAGUGUUUGCCCUAUGGCCUUGCCUGCUGCAGCGGCUGAGAGACCGUGCCCCGCGGGGGUUUGGGGGUGUGUGUGUGUGCUGGUGGGUGUGUGUGGAGUGGGGGGGCUUGGCUCUCUGUGGCCUGGGGGGGCUGUGCUGUUGGCUGCAGUGUUGGGGACUGUGACCCUGCUGUGUCCUCUACUGUUGAUCCGACUGCAGAGUGACAAAGAUAACAUUCAGGGAUCCUGGGAUGAAGCCGAGAUACGAGAGGACCUAACACGCUUUCUCCAUUGA